UCAACAUGCAACGAGCAGUUCCACAAAACAUCAGGCAGUGCAAACGGGAAAGGAUUUCAGCUGCUUCACAGUCCAGCAUAGCCUGUUCUAGGCUUGAUUUAGACAUUCAUGUGUGAAUCUCAAUCUGGAUUAUCUCGGACGUCGAGAAGGAUACAGACUGAAGACGUUGCCACAGCUUGGUCUUGAUCUUGUGCAGAAACUUUUCUCCUGCUGCUUUGGACUUCUGAACAUCGAGUUAUAAUAAUCAGACCCAGCUGACCACAGUGUCAGUGUCAACGUUACUUGGACAUCGAGCAGCUGCAGGGAAACAGAAGUCUGCUUGCUGCCUUUUGAUGUCCUUCGGAAGGCUAUGGAGUCUGAACUAAUACAGAUGAGAAGCUUGACGUCACAGGCAGACACUGGUUCCCAAUCUUCAUCCCAAUGCACCACGCAACCAAAUACCUGCUGCCUCUGCUGGUGCUGCUGCUGCUCCUGCUUCACUAUGAAGAAUGUGGAUGUGGAUGAGAGCAGUCAAAAGGGUUCCAUCAUUUCCAUGAAGAUGGAAAGUCUUCAGAAACAAGAAGAAAGAAAGAGUCCAAGUGUGGAAGAGGUCACUUCCUGGUCCCAGUCCUUUGAACUCCUCCUGCGGGAUCCCAAUGGGAGGAAAAUUCUAUUGGAAUUCCUACAGAGCGAACAUAGUGAUGAAAACAUUCUUUUCUGGCUGGCCUGUGAAGAACUCAAGAAGGAAGGUUGCAGAGGCACCAUUAUGGAAAAAGCUAAAACAAUAUAUUUUGAUUAUAUCUCAGUCCUGUCUCCAAAGGAGAUCAGCAUCGAUGCCAGUGUGCGAGAAGCAAUCAACAAAAAAAUGGCAAUACCAACAACAGACAUCUUUGAUGAAGCACAGAUGCAUGUGUACGCACUAAUGCACAGGGACUGCUACCCUCGGUUCCUGCAUUCACCGGUAUACAAAUCGCUUCUGGAAGAAUUAUCUUCCUCAGAGAAUGCCCUGGAAUCCGACCUGUGACAUUCACUUUGACAAUGCGUCGAACACCAAACGACAGGGCUAAUAAUUUCCUGACCUCAACUAAGGAAUUUGAGGAAUGAAACGCUCAGGUCUCUUGUGGGGAUCAGUCUCACUGCCUCUGUUUUGAAAGAGGGACAGCAGCACUUCGCACCAAAACCUCCACCUUUGCCUUGCUGAACUACAGAAAGAGCUUGAAUUUUUCAUCUUCAGAAUCAGAAUCACACUUUAUUCGCCAAGUAUGUUUGGCAACAUACGAGGAAUUUCACUGGCCAGGUCAGUCAUACAAUUAAAAGCAACAGAUCACUCAAAAAGCACAUUUUAACAUGAACAUCCACCACAGUGACUCCUGCACACUCCUCACUGUGAUGGAAGGCGAAAUAAAGUUAAAGUCUCUUCCUUUUGUUCUUCCUCGAGAAUCAAUAAUCGAAAAAAGUCCUGGAAAAGUGGCUGAUAAAAUUAGUUUCAUUGUUUUACAUUGAAUACUGGGUUAUAAGGUCAUAAGGAAUAAGAGUAGAAUUAGGCCAUUUGGCCCAUCAAGUCUACUCUGCCAUUUGAUCAUGGCUGAUCUACCUCCCCCUCCUAACCCCAUU